CGAGUAUAAAAGCAGAUGCAUUUUUCUAUGUUAAUUAAGUUUUCAAUUGAAUUUGAAUCAACCAACAAGUUAAAGCAAUAAAAUGAAAUUCUUAGUUCUCGCUCUUUGCAUUGCUGCUGCCGUUGCUGCACCAUUGUCAGCUGACGAAGCAUCACUUGUUCGUGGAUCAUGGGCUCAAGUUAAGCACAGUGAAGUCGACAUCCUUUACUACAUCUUCAAAGCUAAUCCAGACAUCAUGGCUAAAUUCCCACAAUUUGCUGGCAAGGAUCUCGAAACACUUAAAGGAACUGGACAAUUCGCUACUCAUGCUGGAAGAAUCGUAGGAUUUGUCUCAGAAAUUGUUGCUCUUAUGGGUAAUUCUGCUAACAUGCCAGCUAUGGAAACACUCAUCAAAGACAUGGCUGCUAACCACAAAGCUCGUGGAAUUCCAAAGGCUCAGUUCAAUGAAUUCCGUGCCUCACUCGUUUCAUACCUCCAAAGUAAAGUUUCAUGGAACGAUUCUCUUGGAGCUGCCUGGACACAAGGUCUUGACAACGUCUUCAACAUGAUGUUCUCAUAUUUGUAAAUUUGAUGCUAGUGAAAACAAAAUAGGACCUUAAUUUACAUGUAUUUAUUGACAUCGAUUAAAUCAUGUAGAUAAUUUGACACGAUUCGGAAACCUUCAAUAAAAUAUUCUAAUUUACCAAUC